AGUCAGAGCUAGAACACCAGUUACAAACCACAGGCUUCCUCCUCUAGGGAGCUGAUCCAGAAUUGUCUUUCUGGAAGGGAAGCACUCGAAUCCUUCCGAACUUUCCAAGUCUAUCCAUGAUGCAGAGACAUUGCCCUCUGGGAUUUUCUAUGUUCCUGGUAGUGAAUUGUUGCUGAUGUAUUUGCUACUUUGCUUCUUUUCUCUUUCAAGAUUUGAUCAUUUUUAUAUGCUGUUCGGGGAGAAAAAGGACUUUUGUUAGAAAAGAGAUUUCAGAGAUGGUUUUGGAUCCUCUAGAAGUGUUUUUAGAGUUCUUGGGGACAGUAGCUCUAACCUUGGAGUAAGUUUCUGCCUUUGACCUGCAUGGAUUAUUUUUUCGGGCUGCGGAAUUUCUCGGCACCUAGCUGCAGUGUGGGGCACUUGGUUUGGUUGCAGAGUAAGAAGGUGGAAGAAUGAGCUGUACUUGGUUAAGCAGUUGAAACCUUUUUUUUUGAGCAGGAUCUAUAAAAGCAUAAUUGAAUUUGUUUCACCCCCGUGGAUUCCAGUGGGCCUGACAGCACAACAGGUUUGCAGAUUUCUUUCGAAAUUCUUUUUUUUUUCUCCCUCUGCCUCAGCGAAAGAAAAGAAUCUAUAUCACAGGUUCAUGUUCCAUUGCUUGGCUUUUCAGCACUUAUUCUGAAGACUUAAUAAGAUUUUUUAACUUGACCUCUGAACACAGUGGGCUUUGUGGUUGAAGUGCAUUUGUAUUUACUUAAGGGUGCACAUUUUGAAAUCUUAGAAUUAAGACUUUGUUUGUACAAAGACCCAAAUUCUCAAGUGUGCCUAGAAAUAGCACAGAUCUACUCUACUCAGGUUUAUUUUUACUUUUUCAGGGUGUUCUACUUAGAGCUUGUAGACUAAUCACCUCCUUACUCCCCCUUUUAUUCCCCACCCCCUCAAGGAAUUUGAAAGCGUGUUAGGAAUAGUCCUUUGUUUUACUUAUGAACCUAGAAAAUUACAGAUUAUAAGAUCUGGAUAAUAAAGUAGCUUCCAAAAGCAUCUCAUGGGAAAUCAAAGUGCUUGGCAUUCUCAAGCAGGAGCAUAAAAGCUGGAAUCCCUAAGAGAGAAGGGAAAAUAAAGAUAGAAAUAUGAAUGUCAACUGGGAAAAAUAAUUGGAAAGCCAACCUUUUCAAAUAUUCUUCUAAUUAUGAAAGUUGGAAAAACUUGUGAUGCUCAGGUUUAUCCUGUGACUAUGUGAAGACAUAUAAAUUCGCACCUAGUUUACAGGCAAAUCUAGGUAGAAAAUCUAAAAAUCGUAGUAUAUUUAAGUUCAUGAAAAGUAUUGUAAGUUCAGUGGGCCUGGAACUUUGGCUACAAUGAAAUACAGUUUAAUGUUGAAACUUUUAUGAAUACAUGUUGUAGCAUCUUUGGACAUCUCUCAAGGUGUGGCCUGAAAUAUUAUUUCCUCUCCUUCCCCAUUUUUUAAGAAAAAAUUCUCCUGUGAUCUUUAGUCUUUUACCGUUGACGAAUUUUGUGGCUUUAAAGGACCAUCUCUUCGUUUUCUGAGCUGGAGUUUUUCACUCUCACCUUUGAUGCAUGGCCUUAGUCUUUUACUUUGCCUUGUUUUGUUCAUUAACAUUGGGUUUAGUGGCUCGAGAACUUGAUGCAUAUGGAAGACCAGCACCAAGUGAUCUGACAUAAUUAAAAUUCAGGAUGUGACAUUCACCCUCAAGCAAAAUUGAAAAUUCCAAAGAGAAGCGGCAAUAUCUUUACUAAUCAUAGUGAAGAUGGGAGAAAAUGACAUACCUGAAGCAGAAGUAGGCUGAAAAUACCUUCUUCCCUGCCAGAUCAGGAAUACCACCUGUUCUUGGGAAUAUACUUUAGAGAAAGGAAGGGCCAAAACCACGACUCAGCUUUCUGGAACUGAAGCAUAAGUUUCUUUUCCUCCGUUUGUCUGGAUCUAGGAACCUGUGUUCGGUGUUAGCUAGUGGAAGCAGUAUGUAUGGCCGAAGUGCAUUGCUGCAGCUGGUAGCAUGAGUGGUGGCCACCAGCUACAGCUGGCUGCCCUCUGGCCCUGGCUGCUGAUGGCUACCCUGCAGGCAGGCUUUGGACGCACAGGACUGGUCCUGGCAGCAGCAGUGGAGUCUGAAAGAUCAGCUGAGCAGAAAGCUAUUAUCAGAGUGAUCCCCUUGAAAAUGGACCCCACAGGAAAACUGAAUCUCACUUUGGAAGGUGUGUUUGCUGGUGUUGCUGACAUAACUCCAGCAGAAGGAAAAUUAAUGCAGUCCCACCCCCUAUACCUGUGCAACGCCAGCGACGACGACAAUCUGGAGCCUGGAUUCAUCAGCAUUGUCAAGCUGGAGAGUCCCCAGCGGGCCCCCCGCCCCUGCCUGUCACUGGCCAGCAAGGAGGUUUUCUUCUCGCCCCUAGAGGACCACUCUCCUGUAGGAGAAAUGAGCCAUGUGAACAGACACUGGGUGACAAGGAACAUGUGGUCAGUGCUCUUUGAGGCCCGGAUGGCGGGGGAGCGGGGAGCCAGCGCCGUCCUCUUUGACAUCACGGAGGAUCGCGCUGCUGCUGAACAGCUGCAGCAGCCCCUGGGGCUGACGCGGCCAGUGGUGUUGAUCUGGGGUAAUGAUGCCGAGAAGCUGAUGGAGUUUGUGUACAAGAACCGAAAGGCCUACGUGAGGAUUGAGCUGAAGGAGCCCCCAACGUGGCCAGAUUAUGACGUGUGGAUCCUCCUGACGGUGGUGGGCACCAUCUUUGUGGUCAUCCUGGCCUCGGUGCUGCGCAUCCGGUGCCGCCCCCGUCACAGCAGACCGGAUCCCCUUCAGCAGCGAACAGCCUGGGCCAUCAGCCAGCUGGCCACCAGGAGGUACCAGCCCGGCUGCAGGAGGGCCCGGGCCGAGUGGCCAGACUCAGGUAGCAGCUGCAGUUCAGCCCCUGUGUGUGCCAUCUGCCUGGAGGAGUUCUCGGAGGGCCAGGAGCUACGGGUCAUUUCCUGCCUCCAUGAGUUCCAUCGUACCUGUGUGGACCCCUGGCUGCAUCAGCAUCGCACUUGCCCCCUCUGCAUGUUCAACAUCGUAGAGGGAGACUCGCUUUCUCAGUCCCUGGGACCGUCUAGAUCUUACCAAGAACCAGGCCGAAGACUUCACCUCAUUCGCCAGCAUCCCGGCCAUGCCCACUACCACCUGCCUGCUGCCUACCUGUCGGGCCCUUCCCGGAGUGCAGCGGCUCGGCCCACACGGCCUGGUCCCUUCCUACCAUCCCAGGAGCCAGGCGUGGGCCCUCGGCACCACCGCCUCCCCAGAAGCGCACAUCCCCGGGCUCCAGGCGAGCCACAGCGCCUGGCAGUGGCCCAGAGCCCCUCUGCGCAGGGCUGGGGGCUGAGCCACCUGCGGUGCACUUUGCAGCACCCUGCCACCUGCCCCAUGCCCCCACGCCGGGCCAGGCCUCACGACAGCAGCGGGUCUGGAGAAAGCUACUGCACAGAGCACAGCGGCUACCUGGCAGACGGGCCAGCCAGCGACUCCAGCUCAGGGCCCUGUCACGGCUCUUCGAGUGACUCGGUGGUCAGCUGCACGGACGUCAGCCUGCAGGGCGCCCACGGCAGCGGCUCUACCUUCCGCAGCUCCCUGAGCAGUGACUUUGACCCCCUGGUGUACUGCAGCCCCGAAGGGGAGCGCCGGGCGGAGGAGGCUCAGCCUAGCAUGGCCUCUCGGCCUCGUUCUUUGGACUCAGUGGUGCCCACAGGGGAAACCCAGGUUGCCAGCCAUGUCCACUACCACCGCCACCGGCACCACCACUACAAAAAGCGUUUCCAGUGGCACGGCAGGAAGUCUGGCCCAGAAACUGGAGUCCCGCAGUCCAGGCCUGCCAUUCCUCGGACACAACUCCAGCCAGAGCUGCCUUCACCCGAUCCGCAAGCAGCCAGACCCAACCCAGCAGCCCCGUCAGGACAGCUCCCCAACCCACAACGGCCCAGGGCCCUCACCGAGCCAGCCCCUGGGCCAGCUGACGCCUCCAGCCCCAGCCCUGGUCCCAGCGGCCUCUUCCACUUGCAGAAGUCCAGCCUCUCUGUCCGACACACACAGAGGAAACGGCGGGGGAGUCCCUCAGAGCCCUCCCCAGCCUCUCGACCCCAGGACUUGACUGCACACCGAGUGUGCCAGAUUCUUCCCCAUUAUGGCCCCAGCCUGGCAUAUCCUUGGUCCUCAGAGGCCCACCCAUUGAUCUUUGGACCUCCGGGCCCGGACAGGAGGCUGCUACCAGAAACCUCAGGCCCUACUUACCCAAGUUCACAGCCGGUGUGGUUGUGUCUGACUACACGCCAGCCCCCAGGACCAUACCCAUCUGGGGAGGGGCCUUCCGAAUGGAGUUCUGGCACCCCAGAGGGUAGGCCAUGCCCUUACCCACACUGCCAGGUGCUGCCAGCCCAGCCUGGCUCAGAAGAGGAGCUCGAGGAGCUGUGUGAACAGGCCGUGUGAGGUGUUCAGGCCAAGCUCCAACCAAGAGUGCUCGCCAGAUGACUCAGGACCCUACCUGGCACAGAGUCCUGCUCCGGAGAAGAGAAAGGACCUCAGAAAACACCCCUCUUCUUUGCCAUACUUCCUGGAGCCACUGGCAGAGGGGUGGUGAUGGUGGGCGGCAGGAGGUGCUGUCUCCUGCUCCCAGCUCCAGACCUUGUCUGCAGAACCAUCCGCAGUGCAGCAAGCCUGUGUCCAGCCAGGCAACGAGCUACCACUUGUGCGGGUUGCCUCCCCUGCAGGCUGGGACCUCCUGCGAGCAGGAAGCUAGGGACGGGUAGAUAGGCAGGUGUUAUGAAGGUGGUGCUCCUUCCCCAGCCCCAGCAGGUCUCCGCUCCCUCAUUCCAAGCCUCAUGUUCAUACCAGCAAACGGGGCCAGCUGAAUGCAUGACCCUUCUCACCUCCUUCCUUGGGAGAGUCCUGCACACCGGCUUUGGCUCCUCCUUGGUAAGGCUGCUGCAUCAGCGGCAACCCUGGUUUUUAUCAUUUUCCUUCUUUGCGAAAAGAUCAGGAGCAUAGGUGAGCCCUGAGCCCUAAAAAGGGGGGCUUUGCAGCUUCACCAGGCAGGGCCUCCCCUGGUGCAUAAGGGAGGAUGUUUUUCCCUCCUUGUCCGUACUUGUCAGAUCCACUAUAUUAAGUCAGAGGGGAAGCCAGGGUGUGCAGUUCUGUCCCUGAGGUGGUACAGCACCUUGAAGAAACUGGGUCGAAGCCUCUGAUCGUCAAACUCCCUUGUCACUCCAGCAGCCUCAGUUCCUCUGGGGGUCGGGGUGAGGGUAGCGGGAAAGGAAUAGCUCUUCCUUGGGGACGGCCUAUCUCAAAGUCCCAAAGUAGGCGGAAAGAAGAGGAUUUCUGCUGGACUUUAUUUAGGAAGAGGAAGGAAGGAAUGAAGGUAGAAAAGGCAAAAUUACAGCUGAACAAGGAAGUUUUCUCUGGGCGUUUUCUCUCAGACCAGGGAUAGGGAACGGGAGAACAAAGGAGAGGUAAUAUGGGGCCCUUGGGAUUAGAUGGCCCAGAGGCCCGGCUUCCCAGUAUAAGCCAUGCAGGCCAGAGACACACAGGAAGGAGUGGAGUUGGAGCAGGAAGCCUGGCCUGGGCAGCUGGUAUCGAGUGGGCAAGGGCUGAGGGGCCUCCUCAGGGUGACAUGCACCCCAGGGCAGUUGGACCAUUGCUGGCCCCUCAGGCAUUAUCCCAUUUGGAAUGUGAAUGUGGGAGCAAAGUGGGCACAGGACCCCACCUGGGAAUCUUCUUCCCUCAAAGUCAGUGGGGAACUAGCACCUAGGCACCCACGUGGGUAUUUAUAUCUAAACAGACAGAAAGACGCUUGAAUCAGGCACUAUGUUGAGAAAUGUAUUUAUUUGCUAAUAUAUUUAUCCAUAAAUUCGA